GGUUGUUCUCCCAUAAAUUCCUGUCACUACUGAUGUUGCUUCGCCGGCUUUGGGACUCUGCAGUGAGCCACCUCCUUUCUCUGCCCUUGAGGAAAAGCCUCUUGGCUGCCUUGAUCCUCUGCGUCUUGAUGUUGAGGUUUGACCCAGCUUCUCCCUCUUCACUGCCCUUACUGUACCAGCUGGCUCAGCUCUUCCGCAGGAUCCGGAAGGCCACGUUUACUCAUCUUUACCCACUUGCCCUCCAUGACUGAGUGGUUCUCUCUGAUUGCUUCAGCCUCUCAUGGUUCACACCCACAGAAGCAGAGUAGCUGGGCUUGUGUCCUGGUUCCUGUGGCUAACUGGCCCUAUGGGAGUAGGCUUGACUCAUUCUAGAAAGAGCAACUGAGGCAGGUGAGCCAUGGUUUGCAGUGGUUUUUUUCCUUCUGUGCCUUGCAGGAAACAUGGAAACAAUGGGGCCGAAGGCCCAGCUGUCCAGAACAGUGCUUCUUACGCCUGGGAAGAAGUUUGGAAUAGUGGGUGUGUUUGGGAAACAUUCCCUUUUCUUGGCAAAGAUGGGUGGCUUUCCAGGUCAAGGUAUUGAUGGAGCUGGAAGUUCAGAAAAAUCCUAGAGGAGUAACCCUUGGCCUUUCACUUCCCUGAAAAUUGUAUUUCUGAUAAUUUCCCCAUGAAGCAGUACCUUAAUUAUUCAGAGUGAGUUCAGAAGGGCCUUUUUCUUCUCUCCUACAAAUGUUGGUAUAAUUAAUUACAUGUGGUCCACCAGUGUGGCCCUCCAGUGGCCAUAAGUCCUCCCAUUGCUUGAGGUUUCUCACAGUUAAGACAGGACAGGGCUUCAGAAGCACCCUGCUGACCACAGGGAGCAAAAUGAGCCCUGAUCACUGGGGAAAGUGAUCUUGCUAGGUACCUCUUGGUCUUCAGCUCAGUUUUCUAACGUGUUAGUAGCCAAGUCCUGCCCUGUUGCACUCAGUAUCUAACUGCUCUCCUCACCAUUGCCCUCUGCAUGCCCUGCAAACUUUGUCCCAUGGCUGUUUCCUCAGGUAUCUUUGCCUCCUUGGUACACACCAUGGUUCCCCCUAUGUCCUGUUAUCCUAGUUAUUCUAUUGUUUGUAUAAUGCAUAAGUUUUUCAGCUUUUGUGUCCUUGAAAAGUAGGCCAGCCUCAGAGGCUGAUGAGCUGAAAAUGGAAUUGGGUAAUCAGGUGAGGUGGAAGGUCUGUGUGGGGGCUGGGUGGAGGAAUAGCAUGAGUUUUGAAGGCAGUGAACAGUAAACCUCAGGAGAGGAGGUAUUGGAACUGUGGUAUUGAGGAAUUGAAACAUUUCAGCUUUCUUCGGUGUGUCUGUCUGUGUAAGUGGAUGCAGGUUACCCUGUGCUGUCAAGAUGGUGGAAGGCCUCAAGCUUGCCGGUGCGGGGGGGUAUGCCAUUGAAGCUAGGGCCUUGGUCAUUGUGACUGCCAGGAAUAUAAGGGGUGCUGUUGGCUUUUUGUUGGUCUACUUAGAAAUUGAGAGUUAGGACUUCUCUUUAGUAAAGGAAACUUCACAGGUACUUAGAAUUUUAUCUAAAUCCCUAGGACAUAGUCUAACUCUGUAGGAAACCAAUCUAUGGUUCUUUUAAUAUGGGUUUUAAAUAGAGUUUUGACUCCCGGGGAGAGAAAGGGAUUCAGGUAAGAUUUGAAAUCCCUCCUUUAGAAUUACUUCUUUUUAAAAAAAUUUUUUAUUAGCAUGAAUUAAUUAUACAAAGGGGUUUCAUUGUGGUAUUUAAAUACAUGCAUAUAAUGUACUUUGAUCAAAUUCACCCUGUCUAUAUUACUCUUCCUUAACCCCUUUUCCUCCUCCCCUCUCCUUUUUUGACAGUUUUUAGUGGGUUUUGUUGUGAUGAUUUUGAUCGGAUUCUCCGCCUAUUACUCUCUCCUUUUCCCCUCCAACUACCUGCCCUUUUUUCUUUUUGAGGCAGGGUCUUGCUAUGUUGCCUAGGCUGCCCCAAACUCCUGGGCUCAAGUAAUACUCCUCCCUCAGCCUCCCAACUAGCUGAGACUCAUUCCUGGCUUAGAAUGAUUUCUUAAGCUGGUCCCAUUCACUCUCCUACAGAGAACUCUUUAAUAGCUUCCACAGCCCACAGAAUGAAAUCCAGAUUCUUCUUCAUAGAAGUUAAGGUCUGUUGUGUGCAGGUUUUGUCUGACAUCCCUACUUUGCUGUGUGGUCUUUGCUCCUUAGGCACAGUGCCCUCCAGCUGCCCUCCAGUCAGGGUUUCCUGACCCAGUGCUUGCCCUGUGCUUUGUCUCUCACUGUUCCUGUGGAGAAAUCAUCAUCUGCUCUGCUAAGAAAGCUCCGUGACCUUCUAGGCUUGAUCCGGGGUACCUCUGGGAAUCCUUUUCUUACCCUCCCUCCUUCCAGUCCCCUGUCUCAUAUGCCUCCUGUAGUAGUGACCUCAUAGUUGUGGAAUUCCUUGUUAACGCCAUCACUGUGAGCUCUUUGGAGGUGGGCAACAAGGCUGUGGCAGUGGACAAGUGAGGCUUAGAUCCCUGCUCUGCUGUGUGGGUGACUGUUGUAGUAGUUUCACCUUUCUCAGCCUUAGGUUCUUACCUGUAAGUCACUUCUUAUCUUACAGGGACUCUCAGAUGAGUAAAAGUAGUACUUAGGAAGUGCUUGGCACCAUCUCUUGCCCCAAGGAGGAGCUCUUGUGAGUGGUUGCUGUCCCCAGCCCCAGCUUUUCCCAGUGCCCAGCCAAAGGCUAGGAGUGAAGGUGCUCAGAGGGGUUGCUGAAUAGGUUGACUUAAAUGACAUAAGCAGGUUAUGUGCCUUUGGUGAUGCUGUGGUUUUGUGUUGUGAAACCCUGAACAUAAAGAAGUCUUGGUUAUGCCCAACUCAUUUUUGUUUUCUCUGCUGAGGUUCUCCAGUGUGGUUCUGUUGGCACCCUCUGGUUGUAGUCCUGGUCUCGAACUCUCCAGUGGCCACUGCCUAGUUAGAUUGGGAACUCAGAACCCAAACUGCUCCUGUGAACUUAACCUUUCCCAUGGUCUUCAAAACUGUGUUGAAUGAGAUCAAAGUGACUUAUACCUGCAUCAUGCAGUGCAGUAGCCAUCAGCUGAAUGUAGAUUUUGAGCAUUUGGAAUGUGGCUAGUCCAUGUUGAAUCAUUCUGUAAUUGUAAAAUACACACUGGAUUUUGAAGACCAAGUACUAAGAAAAGAAUGGAAACUCAAGUCAUUUUUUAAUAUUGAUUGCAUGUUGAAAUGAAAAU